AUGGCUGACGUCUCCUCUACUCGUCUCUAUCUGGGCAAUCUCCCUCGCAACAUCACAAAGCAAGAUAUCGAGGACCAUUUCAGCACUCAUGGAGCUGGUACCAUCAAGGAAGUUAAACUCAUGAAUGGCUUCGGUUUCAUCGAGUACGAGGAUUCUAUGGACGCUCGCGACGUGGUUCCAGCUUUCCAUGGGACUGAGUUCAAGGGCGAACGAUUGACUGUUCAAUUCGCCCGAGGCCCACGUCGCAAGGACGAUUUUUCUGGUCCCGCCGAUCGAAAUGCCCCUCGACCACGUCGUACCAUCUAUCGCAUGCAAAUCACUGGUCUGCAACCUGAAACAAGCUGGCAGGAUUUGAAAGAUUUUGCUCGAAACUCUGGCCAAUUGGACGUCGUCUAUUCGGAGACAGGUCGUGAACGUGACGGCAAAGGCUUUGUGGAAUUCGAGACUAGUGCCGACCUCAAGACUGCUGUGGAGAAGCUGGAUGGACAAAGCUUUAAGAAUGCUACUGUCCACUGUACUGCAGAUAUCCAAGAAGAACGACCCGAUGUUAGAAGCUACCGCCAACGCAGCCCACCUCGUGGUCGCUAUGGCCCUCCAGAAGACUGGGACCGUCGUCCACCAGCACCAAGAGGUUACAGUCCCCGAGGUUAUCGUGAACGCUCACCUGGUCGUCGUCCACCACCUGAUGACUACUACGAUCGAGGCUAUGGACGACGCAGCCCUCCUCGCGGAUACGACAGACCACCACCUCCCAGCAGAUACGAUGACCCAUAUGACAAUCGCGGACCUCCCCCACCAGCACGAGGAUAUGGCGACCCAUAUGCGCGUAACGGAGAUCCAUAUGCUCGUCCUCGAAGCCCUCCUCGCUAUGGUCCCUAUCCAUCUGGAGGUGGUGGUGGCGGUUAUCCUCCUCCAUAUGAAGAACGUCCACGUUACUAG